AUGGAGGAAUAUGGGUUGGGUGAUAAUGGUUGGUUUCGUUACUUGUUUGAGUCCCGUACAUUUUGGGCAUCUCCAUACUUUCAUGAUGAGUUUAUGGCGGGUUUGGUUAGGACCACAUCUAGAUCGGAGUCUCAAAACAGUUUCUUUGGUAGCUUCUCUAAUGGAUAUUCUAGCUUGGUUGAAUUUGUGGUGCAUUAUGAUAGUGCUAUUGGUGCACAGCGGCAUGCCCAAGCAAAACUAAAUGCUGAUUCUUGUUUUUCUUGUCAAGUGGUAUCUUUGAGUGAUUCUGAUGGUAGCGUGUCUUACGUGAUAAAAGAUGGUGACCAUCGAGCAUGGGCUGUCAAUUUAGUUUUGGAUGAUAAUUGUGCAAGGUGUUCUUGCAAGAUGUUUGAGAGGAUGGGUUUGUUGUGUAAGCAUAUCUUUUUUGUUUUUAAAGAUCGUGGUCUUGAGAGUAUUCCUUCUAGGUAUUUGGUGCAUCGGUGGACAAAGGGUGCAUGUUUGCACCCAAUAUUUGAUAUUGAUGGUAUAGUUGUUGAUCAAUCUGCGAAAGUGGAGAACAUUAGGCUGCUUACUAAUCUUAUGUGGUCUGAUAUUUAUGCUUGUGUGGGGUUGGCUGAUGGUAAUAUUGAUCGUUUUUCACAGAUACGAAGCGUUAUUAAUGAUCAAAGGAAAUUAUUUCUUCAAGAUGGGAGUGGUAAUGGCAGUAGCGUGGCUGUUGGUAGCAAGCAAAGUGUGAUUAAUUCGUUUUGUGGGUCUAUGUCCAAGGCCUCUUCAGUGGAAGUGCACGACCCUGUCAAAGCUAAGAACAAGGGUAGUGGUAAGCGAUUGAAGAGUGCAAGGGAGAGAGCUGCAAGCAAGUGUGCAAAGCAAUCAAGGAGAUGCCACACUUGUGAUGAAUAUGGCCAUAACAGUAAGACAUGUCCUUUAAAUAAUUGA